UUUUAGCGGGGACUGCGAUCCAGGGCUGGAGCGCUGGCGCUGCCCGGACACCGCGGGGUCCCAGCCAGCUCAGGGCACUCGGAGCGGGGAUCGGCGCGCCUCACUUUCCCCGCCCGAUGUCGCCGCCCGCCUGCUGAUCGCCUCGUCCCGCUGGUCCCGCGCCGGUGUGGGGGUCGUGGAGGUCCCCAGAGGCAGGAAGCCUCCUCAAAGUGGGAAUGGAGGUAAAUUGUUUAACACUAAAAGACUUGAUCAACCCCAGGCAGUCCAGACUAGAUUUUGCAAUUGAAGAUGGGGAAAAUGCACAAAAGGAAAAUAUAUUUGUUGAUCGUUCAAGGAUGGCCCCGAAGACUCCAAUAAAAAAUGAACCAAUUGAUUUAUCAAAGCAAAAAAUCUUCACUCCAGAAAGAAACCCCAUUACUCCAGUUAAGCUUGUUGACCGACAGCAGGCAGAACCAUGGACGCCCACGGCUAACCUGAAGGUGCUCAUUAGUGCCGCCAGCCCUGACAUAAGAGACCGGGAGAAGAAAAAGGGACUGUUCAGACCUAUUGAAAACAAGGAUGGUGCCUUUACAGACUCUUUGCAGCUUGAUGUGGUUGGGGACAGUGCUGUGGAUGAAUUUGAAAAGCAAAGGCCAAGCAGAAAACAGAAAAGUCUGGGACUCCUGUGCCAGAAGUUUCUAGCUCGCUAUCCAAGUUAUCCCUUGUCAACCGAGAAAACAACCAUCUCCCUAGAUGAAGUUGCUGUCAGUCUUGGCGUUGAAAGGAGACGUAUCUAUGACAUUGUAAAUGUGCUGGAAUCACUGCAUCUGGUCAGCCGGGUGGCCAAGAAUCAAUAUGGCUGGCAUGGCCGGCAGAGCCUGCCAAAAACCCUGAGGAGCCUCCAGAGACUGGGAGAGGAGCAGAAAUAUGAAGAACAGAUGGCUCAUCUCCAACAGAAGGAGCUGGAGCUGAUGGAUUAUAAACUAGGAGAACGUAAAAAAGACGGCUGUCCAGAUUCUCAAGAUCAACAGCUACUGGAUUUCUCAGAACCCGACUACCCUUCUUCAUCUGCAAACAGUAGAAAAGACAAGUCUCUGAGAAUUAUGAGCCAGAAGUUUGUCAUGCUGUUCCUCGUGUCCAAAACCAAGAUUGUCACUCUCGACGUCGCUGCCAAAAUACUGAUAGAAGAAAGCCAGGAUACCCCGGACCAUAGUAAAUUUAAAACAAAGGUACGACGCCUCUAUGAUAUAGCCAAUGUUCUGACCAGCUUGGCUCUAAUAAAGAAAGUGCACGUGACAGAAGAGCGAGGCCGUAAACCAGCCUUCAAAUGGAUCGGGCCUGUGGACUUCAGUUCCAGUGAUGAAGAACUAGUGGAUGUUUCUGCAUCUGUCUUACCAGAAUUGAAAAGAGAAACAUAUGGCCAGAUUCAAGUCUGUGCAAAACAGAGGCUGGCUCGACAUGGUUCUUUCAGCACAGUUCAGGCUUCUGAGAGGAUCCAGAGGAAAGUGAACUCGGAGCCCAGCAGCCCUUAUAAAGAGGAACAAGGGUCAGGUGGCUACUCCUUAGAAAUUGGAAGUCUGGCAGCUGUUUACCGACAGAAAAUAGAAGACAGUUCACAGAGGAAAGCCUUUGUCAGUAAGAGAGUGAUGCCUCCGUCAGGCAGCCUGGACCCUGCUGCUCCUUUCCAUGGCUUGUCUGUUGACUCAGAAUAUUCUGCUAAUCCUUUACCACACCAAGUAUUUUCUGUGGCCCAAACGGACCUGCAGGCCUUCUCCAUGCAGAACAGUCUGACUGGACGAAUGAGUGUCUCACCAGCUUCGGCUGCCUCGGACAUGGAGACCCUGAAACCAGCCCUGCUGGCCGGCCAGCCGGUGGUAUACGUGCCCUCCACCUCGCUGUUCAUGUUGUACGGGAGCCUCCAGGAGGGACCGUCCCCAGGGUCCAGCUCGGGGUCGGAGAGGGACCCAUCCACACCCUCAGUUCAGAAGCGCCUUGGGGAGGAGAAGAGGCCUCAGGAGGAGGAGCCAGCCACUAAAAGACAGAGCAGGGACUACGAAGACAGCCCUCUAGCUCUUGUUGUGCCCAAGAAACCCUCAGAGUCCACAGUCGUUGCCUCCCCCAGAACCCCUCGUAACAGUGGCUCUGUACCCCUCGAAGACAUUCACAUGGAGGCCCAAGUCUCAGCUGCAGAGGAGCCUUCGGCAAAGGCCACAGCCAACUGCUUUGUUUCUUCUGAGUGGGGAAAUCCUUCGGGAGACACAGAGAUCGAAAAGUCUUCAAAAGAAAAUGAAAGCACCAAAGAGCCCUCUUUGCAACAGUACCUUUACGUGCAGUCACCGGCCGGAUUAAAUGGUUUCAAUGUGCUCUUAUCUGGCGGUCAGAACCCCCAUGCCGUGGGACCCCCUUCAGGUCAGCUGCCAUCCCUCAGCAUUCCUUGCAUGGUCUUACCAUCUCCCACGCUGGGCUCUUUCCCCGUCCUCUAUUCUCCCACGAUGGCCAGGCCGCUUUCCUCUGCCCCCGGUGCUCUCCCAAAUGGGGGACCUGUGAAUUUUGGCUUGCCUGGCCUCGGAUCAACAGCUCAUCUUCUCAUCGGCCCUGCAAACAUGGUUAAUCCAAAAUCAUCAGCACUCCCCUCCGCAGACCCUCAGCUUCAGGGUCCGCUCUCACUCAACCUGAGUCCAGAGAUGCCAAGAUCACACCACGUCAUCCAGCCUGAAUCCCCUGUGUACGCGGGGCAUCCUGUCCCCAUAGUAAAAUUACAACAGUCCCCAGUUCCCGUGACCCCCAAGAGCAUCCGACGCACACAUCGUGAGACAUUUUUCAAGACGCCUGGCAGCCUGGGAGACCCUGUCCUUAGGAGAAGAGAAAGGAAUCUGACACGAAACACCAGCUCAGCGCAGAGGAGACUUGAAAUCCCCAGCAGCGAGGCUGACUAAUCCAACGCUGUGCCAGACGGGUGUGGGCCCCCCCACCCCGCCCCGUGCCAGACGGGGGUGCCCCCCCGCCCCGACCUGACCUUCCCCAUCCCAGGUGAUGCCCUGACACUGAAUGCAAAGCAGGACGCAGACCAUCCGGUCUUCGGCACACAUCGUCCUCUUUCACCCACCGGUUCUAAUGUUAACUUCCCAUCAUCAUGAAUCAUCUAUUCUUGAAAGCAACUGUUAUUAAUUGUGCAUUUAAUAUCAGCUAGAGUCCAGACUCUGCGCGUGGUGUCACAGUGAAAGCACCGACUGACUUCUGUGGUUUCGAUUCAAGAAUCCUCUUAUUGCUGGAAGCCGAUCUGAACAGGCUACUGGAGCCUUGUGGUUUUUCUACUGGGGGAGGGGGCUGUCUAGCACUUAACUAGGGUGAGCAUUCUUGGCAGGUUUUUCCCCUCGCCCUGAGCAUAGAUCUGUGGUGAGAGAAACUUCUUUUCUGCAGUUUAUAAAAAGCUACUGCUUCCUUAGGCUUCAUCAGGAAGCCGACCCCAGUUGUGAAUCCUAUGGUAUUAUUUAUUUUGUUCCUGAAAUGGGAUUUAGUGCAAGAAGUUUACAACGACAGCAAAAUACAUGUUUUUCAGGGUAUGACGACUUGAAUGUUUAUACUUUCUUCCUAUAAUUUGCCCUGCACUUACGUUACAACCUACUAAUAAUGUGGAUAGAUGUGUAUGCAGACGGAAUGUUACGACCAAAAUAACUGUGAACGGCACCCUUGCUAUCAUGAACUGUGCUGACCCUGUCUGGGCAUGAGAAGCAAGAUGAACGCUAGCAGCCUAAGAGCUGACCUGUGUGAACAUUAAGGUUUUAUUGUUCAUUUGUAAAAGUCCUACCAUGUGCAGUUUCCUUCACCACAUGCCCCGUGGGUUGUUUUUUUUUUUUUUUUUUUUUUUAAUUUAAAUAUUAACUGUAGAGUAUCAGGUAUGGAUGCCUUUGAAGGAUAUCUGUCUAUUGAAUAAAUCAGGAAGGUAGCAAGUGAUUAUAUGGAAAAUUGGAACCUAGAUGGGACCUUCUGGUAGAAUUCUGAAGCAUAAUGAUGUAGAAAUUGAUAUAGGACCAAUAGGUGAUCAUUUUAUUUUUUUUUUCCUUUGGCUUUUUUUUUCUUUAUUUGUGGAAGGGUAAGAGGGAAUAUGGACACGUUAUGUUCAGUAUCCAAGAGUAUUCAAACCAGUUAUUUUUCAGAAUGUUUCUGAAAAAUAAGAGCGGUGAGUGCAGGGAUUCAUUGUUCUAGCAUGAAUACAAUUCUGGAAACUUUAUGCAAUACCCCUUUGUUAAACCAUACUGCUUUAGGAUUUCAUUAAGUAGCCAGACUAGUUCUUUAUAUUCCUAGGUUUAUUGACGUACCUCAAUCUUGUCUCUUCCAGUAAAUGCCUUCCUCUCUCCUUUUUUUUUCCUUCCCUCCUUCCUUUCCUCUUUCUUUUUCAAGCUUCUGUCUUAGAUUUGGAAUCUUGGUGUAGGAUUCUAUUUUAUUUUUAUUUUUGGACCCAAUAAAAUGUUAUAUGAAAUAAAAAUAUUAAUUUAAGAGACUCUGGGAGUCUGACUAAAGUAGCUUUAUAUUAACUACACGAUACUAUUAGCAUUAUUACACCCACAAGAUUUUUGAAAACUUGAGGUAGGUAGCCAGAUUAAAUAAAUUUGUUAUAUAAAAUUUUUUAUCAACACUAAACUUUUGAAGUUUACAAGAUGGCUUUUUUUUUUCUUUUCCUUUUUUUUUUUUUACAAUCUUUUCUAGUGUUAAACAGAUAAAAUUAUGGUUCUAAUCCACAAUCUCCCAGUAACUAUUACCCGGAGCUAAUAUGAGGAGUUCCCUUAAACAAAAAUAUGCCUUUUUCAGUGAAAGUACAGGACACACAGCAUCCCUAGCCACACAGGGUAUGUGCAUGUUUAAAUCCACCAUGCUUAAAAACUUCCACAAAAUAUUUUCACUUGUGAGGUCUACAUUUAGAUGAAAUCACAAUCUGAUUUUCCCCACACUGUUUUUGGACGCUCGCCACUUACUAUUUUAACUUCUUUGCUUUCCUUUUUUUCUUUUUUUUUAAAUUCUGUUCAUGAUAUGACCAUAUAAACCUCAGAGAAUUCACGGUUUCUUGGGGGAUGUGAAGAAGCAACCCCAUAAAUCAGAAUAUUAUGACUUUGUGACCAUACUCAGCAACAGAAAACGGAGAAGCAACUUGUUUUGUAUUCAGUGUCCGCUUUUUAAUGUGGCUUUGUGAUGUGUAAAAAGAUAAAAAUAAAACAAUGCAGGGGUUGUUUCUGUCAGGAAAGCAUAGCAAAGCUGCUAAGCUAGACUUGGGUAUUCGGGGUAGUGAAGAAGCAAUGGCAAUCUUAAAUCUAUCAUUGUAUAACUUAGUAACAGACAAAAUAAUUGUUGGGGAUCCUGCUAAGGAAAUGCAGCUUUGACUUGGCAAUGAGGGAGGUAUGUGUACCCUACACUGUCCAGGGUUUGUGAAACCCUUUCAUUCUGGUACAAGAGUUGGGAGUAUAACGUUUAUACUUGAAUCUACCUACCAAGUUUACAUUUCUCAAUUCUUUUUUGUAAGGUGCUAUUUCUGUAUUUAAGUAACUUUGUUUUUUUUUAUUCAAUGUAAAGCUGCUUUCAGCUAAUCUUAUUGCACUGCUAGUUUUGUGUAGGUAUUAAUUUUAUUGCUGCUUACUGCUUUCAUCUUCAUACUAUUUAGCUGUUCUUUUUUCUAAUGGCUAUAUUUAUAGCUAUCUACUUGUAACUUUACUACAUGUAAACUGAUUUGUUUCUCUUUUAGAAAGAUAUUAAGCUUUAUAAAUUAGCAAUAAAAAUUAAUUCAU